CUACUUACUCAAAUAUCAAUUUUCCCUUUUCUCGGAAGACAUCAGAACACACGACCAUCUCUCUGUCGUCUUAAAAGCCUCUUCUUACCAUGGCAACGACAGCAAUAUUGGCAGCUCCAUCAACUGGAUCUGUACAAAAACCUGAUGAUGAGUGGCGUGCCGUACUGUCUCCUGAACAAUUUAGAGUUCUCAGGGAAAAGGGCACAGAAGCCCGAUUCAAAGGAGAAUAUAAUAAACUGUACGACGAAGGAACAUAUGCCUGUGCUGGCUGUGCAACUCCUCUUUAUAAGUCCACCACCAAGUUCGACUCUGGCUGUGGCUGGCCUGCCUUUUUCGACGCUAUUCCCGGUGCCAUUAAACAAACUCUGGAGCCAGAUGGGAGAAGAGUUGAGAUCACAUGCGCAAAAUGUGAUGGACAUUUAGGUCAUGUUUUCAAAGGAGAAGGUUUCCCCACGCCUAAAGAUGAGCGUCACUGCGUCAACAGUGUUUCUCUUAAGUUUAAUUCUUCCGAAACUUCCUCCUGAUAAAUCGAUGUAUAUCGAUCCAUUUAUUGUUUGGACCAAUUCACCUCUUUAAGGAGAAUUCAAAAAUCGAGUCUGUUGUUUCAAGAAUAAUUUGUUUUUCCUGCUAAAAUUUGGUGUGUUUCAAGAAUAAAUUGUACUAAACUUUCCUUUGUCGAGUAUUGAUGAAGCUUUUUGGUUAAUAAUACGGACUUAUAUA